UGCCGGAGGAGGACGAGUCUCGGAUCAUUGGUGGGAAACCUUGUUCCAUCAACCAACGACCCUUCCAAGUUGCCCUCAUCAAGCGAGGUCAGAUCUUGUGUGGAGGAAGCUUGAUAGAUGCCCAAUGGGUCCUGACAGCCGCCCACUGCAAGCAGCCAGUCAGGGACCUCAGGGUGUUGAUCGGGACGGACACGCUACGGGAUGGGACAGGAGAAGUGAGGACCAUCUCCACGCUCUUGGUCCACCCGUCCUACAACCCCCAGAGGAACGACAACGACUUCAUGCUCCUCAGGCUCAACAAACCCGUCCAGUUCAGCAACAACAUCAAGAAGAUCCGACUGGCCACCAGGUGUCCCAUGGACGGGAUGAAGUGCAGCGUCUCCGGUUGGGGAACCACCAAGUCUCCUGGAGCGAGUCUCCCCAAGAACUUGCAGUGUGCCGCCAUCCAGACCUUCGGGAGGGACAAGUGCUCCAGGGCCUAUGGAAACGCCAUCACCCCCAACAUGUUCUGCGCUGGUGUCCCCCAGGGUGGCAUCGAUUCCUGCCAGGGUGACUCUGGUGGCCCCCUGGUGUGUAACGGGGUCCUUCAAGGCGUGGUCUCCUGGGGCAUGGCCGUCUGCGGGCGGCGGGGACAACCCGGCGUCUACUCCAACGUCUGCCGAGCCACCCCCUGGAUCCGGAGGUAUAUCAGGAGACAGUGA